GCUGAGAAAAAAAUGUAAACAAAACGAUGUAGUAGUUUCUGUGUUUUGAUUUAUUAUGAACAACAAAGUCGAAGAUGUGUCGUGUGCUACUGCUGCCGAAAAAGAUAAAGAAUUUUUUAUUCAUCCGAACUCCAUCACGUACCAAGUCUGGGAAGGAUUCGUUGCUUUAUCGUGCUUUCUUUGUUCACUGGCCGUCUCGUUUCAAGCAGCUUUUAAAGCAGAUUUGGAAAGUUUAACGGCCAUAACUUACGCAUGUGAUUGUGUUUAUCUCAUUCACAUUGCAGUAAAAUUCUUUGUUGCUUUUAUUCGCGAAGGAGAUUUGAUAACAAGCAGGAAAGAAAUUCAACGAAAGUAUGCGAGGAAGGAAUUCAUUUUAGAUAUUGUUUCUGUAUUUCCGCUGGAGUUAAUUUUCGUUGCAGCCAAGGGAAAUUAUGUGCACGGUUGGCAAUAUGUUAUAAGAAUCGGAAAGCUAAACAGAAUUUUACGAUUUUAUUCAACUACAGCAUUUUUCGGAAAAUAUGAAGAUCAGCUUGGAUUCAACACAAAGGCUAUUCGUUCGUUUAAGUAUGUUUUGGUGGCUUACACCCUUAUACACACAAUCUCCUGUGGAUGGUAUUCAUUUGCUUGUCCUAAUGAAGCAGAAGUCAAAAACCAUUUUCAUUGUUACUCCCAUGGCUGGGCUGUACAUAAAAAUCAAAGCAUGGAAUCCCUGUCAACACUUCAACGUUAUGUUAAGUGUUUAUAUUGGGCUACUAUUACUGCUACAACGACUGGGUAUGGAGAUAUUCAUGCUGUAAAUACAUCUGAAAAAUUGUACUCUGUUGUGAGCAUGUUGCUUGGUAUUGGCUUUUUCUUUGGCCCCAUUCUUGGGUAUAUGGCAUCAAAUUUAACCAAUGCUGACUCCAAACGUGCACGUUACACUCAUCGCAUUGAUGUCAUCAAGAAGCAUCUGAAAGAUAAAUCUGUUACAAUGGCAACAAGAAAAAAGGUUACUGGUUACUAUGACCACUUGUGGACACAUCAUCAAGGCGUUGUAAAGCACAAUAUGUUUUCAGAGUUACCAAUGACUUUUCAAGCAGAAAUUUCAAUGGUAUUAAACAAACACAUUCUUGAAAAGGCACCAUUAUUUCAAGAUGUUAGCCUAGAGUUUAUGAGAAUGACAUCGCUUGUUAUAAAGCCAGCAACAUAUCUCCCCAAGCAGAUUAUUUUUAUGAAAAAUGACAUUAGACACACGCUGUUUUAUGUCAAGCGUGGACUGGUCGAGGUUAUUGAUGACGAGGACAAUGAUGUUGAAGUAACAGUUUUAAAAGAAGGGAGUUUUUUUGGAGAGGUAUCAUUGUUACUGAACCUGCCACGCUGUGCAACAGUACGAGCAGCUACCUACUGUGAACUUCUUAUGCUGGACAGAAGUGACUUAAUGAAAGUGUUAAAGCAUUUUCCAGAUGUUUCACAACAAUUAAAUGAUGCUAUUGAAGAUCGAUGUCAGAAAGCUGCAGAUUAUAUUAAAACCAAGGAAGUUAAUACUAACGAAAGCUCUGAACCACAUACUAUCAUCAAAACCAAUGUUCUUAAUGACAAUGACACACAGAAGUCGCAAUAUGGCAAAAUGCGAGUUUCAUUUGUUGGUUCCAACAACACAUUACUUUUUAAUGAUAAAAGCCGAUUUCUGUUAAUCUGGAAGAUUUUUGUGGCACUUGUUGUGAUCAUUCAUGCGUUUCUCCACACUUAUAUCACAUCUUUCAAAACAAGUUUCGGUAAUGCCGGAUAUGGCAGCUCAAGUACGAUGAAGUUUUUAUUUGGAUUGUUGUAUGUUGUUGACAUUAUUCACUUCGUAGAUAUGUUUAUAAAGUCAAGAACUACUGUUGAAGAUAAGAAUCAAGAUAUUAUUAAUGACAAAAAAGUGCUCUUGCAACAGUAUCUCCAUUCUGGACAAUUUAUUGUGGAUGUUAUAGCAGUGUUUCCAUUGGAAUUACUGGCAUUUACUUUUACUGGCUCAUACUCUCGCUGGAUUGCAGCCACUUUUCUUCGGGGAAACAGAAUUUUAAAACUUUACAAGCCAAUUGGAUUGAUUCACGAAUUUGAAACGAACAUUGUGUAUGACAUCAUAAAUAUUCGCAUUGUGAAAUUAGCCAUCUUCAUUAGUGCAUCCACUCAUAUCUGUGCUUGUGUGUGGUACUUUCAAGCUUGCUUUGGAGAGGAAUGCUCACCUAACAGCUGGGCAGUACAUACAGGCAUAACUGGUGAAAGCAAUACAUUAGAAACGUAUGUGUUAACACUAUAUUGGGCUGCAGCCACAAUGACAUCAACUGGCUAUGGGGAUGUAUACGCAACAAGUUCUUUGGGUGAAUUCAUAGUUAUAUUUGUUACGAUCAACGGUUUACUGCUCUAUGGAUAUUGCCUGAGUACGAUUGCUGCAAUUCUUACAAACAUGAUGUCUCCAAAAGUUGAAUUUAUGGGGCGCAUCAAUGCUGUAUUGUCUUUCAUGACGGAGCAAAAACUUAGUCACAACCUCAUUGAAAGAGUUGAUCGUUAUCUUGGACUGGUGUGGAGGAUACACAGAGGAGAAGCCAUUCCAGGUGCGCAAUUAUUAAUGGGUGAUAUACCAAAUCGCCUACAACAGGAUGUUUCUUUUGAAGAAAUGAAUGAAAUAAUUUGCAAGGUUCCCAUUUUCAUGAAUACAGAUAUCAGCUUCAUUAAGCAAUUGUCUGCCAAGUUAAUCACCUAUGUAUUUAUGCCAGGAGACAUGAUUGUUUAUAGUGGUGAUGUUGGAAGAGAGAUGUACAUUAUGAGAAGAGGUCUUGUUGAAGUAUUAUCAAAAGAUCAAUCUUACGUAGUAGCUACGUUAGGUCCUGGUGGUUAUUUUGGUGAGGUUGGUUUAAUUUUUGGUGAGAGUCGCACAGCUGAUGUCAGAGCAAAAACCUACUGUGAGGUAGCCAUGUUACGGAAAAAUGAUUUAGAUCAAGUACUUGUAAAUUUCCCACUUAUUGAAAGACAACUUCAAUCUACCAGUGAUAACAAAAUUGUUCUGCAGAAAAUCAGGGAAGCAGCUAAAGUAGCUGGUGCACCACGAGCAGCCCAGCGUAUUGAUCUUAUUGAAAGAAGUCGAAAGCUGAGAAGCAAAUCUGUUUUUCGACGAAUUUCAUUAAGUAAACAUCUAUCAGAGGAAGAAUCGAAUGUGAAUGAAGAACUUAAUUUAGAAUUUAAAGCUCCCUAUGAAAAGUUGCAUCCUGUUUUGUACUAUCUAUCGUACUUGUUAUUAAGAACAACAUUUGAUCCUCACAAUUACUUCUUUCGUGUGUGGACUGGUCUAACAGUUGCAACAUCUUGCAUUUAUUUCUUUACACUGGGUCUACAAGUUGCAUUUCUGCAAGAUCAAGAAAUACUCUGGAUAAUCAACUACACAUUUGAUGUGAUGUUUAUUAUUGAUAUGUACAUCAAGCUUCAUGUCAGUUUUUAUAAUUCUGAAGGAGUACUGGUCACUCACCCGACUGCUACUGCAAAAAAUUACCUUAAAACAAAUUUUAUAUUGGAUUUCAUUGCUUGUGUUCCAGCUGAUGUGGUAGUUUUAGCUUCUGGGAAUAAAGUGGCUUUUGGUUACACAAAGUUGAAUCGUGUCUUACAUAUGAUUAGAGUGGUGCAAUACUUCAAUUAUCUUAAUGAACCAAUAAGUGGUCACGCUUCGCUAUACAGGAAAAUCAAAUUUGCAACCUACAUGAUCUUACUAACCCAUUUAUGUGCAUGUACUUGGUUUUUGAUGGGAUGUCCAUAUCGUGGCGAGAUCAAAGUUAGUAGUGCAGCGGAUGUAUUGCACGGCCAUGACCAUUCAAAGCAAUUGCCUCUGGGACAUCUGGAUUCGAAUAACAACACCAUAUGUAAUGCAAAUUCAUGGGCUGUUGAAAAUGGCAGAAAUCUUGGUAGAGAAGAUUUUUUCUACCAGUAUGUCACAAGUAUUUACUGGGCAGCUGCUACAACAUGUUCUGUUGGAUACGGAGAUAUACACGCGUACCUUGUCAAUGAAAUGGGUGUCUCCCUGAUCUGCAUGAUUGUGGGUGUUGUUUUCUAUGGUUACGUUGUUGCCAGCGCAGCUGCUUCUCUAGCCAAUGCUGACGUGCAGAGAUCAAGGUACCAACAGAAGUUAGACACAAUCAACCGGUUUCUAAAGGAGCAAAAUGUUACACCAAGUUUAGAAAAGAGAGUAAAAGGGUUUUAUGAGUUUCUAUGGAGCAGAAAUAAGGGCGUCGACUUGGAAAAUUUGUUUCAAGGAUUACCCAUUUCGUUGCAAGCUGAUAUCACACUCUCCCUGUACAAAGAUAUUAUUGAAUCUGUACCACUAUUUCAAGGGACAGAACUCGGCUUCACGAAAAUGCUAUCCUUGUAUAUCCAACCACUCCUGGUUCCAAAAGGUGAAUACAUUGUGCGUAAAGGCGACAUUGGAGAAGAAAUGUUUUUUAUCAAUAAAGGCGUGGUGGAAGUUGUUUCGGAACAUGAAGUACCGAUCGUUUUCGAUACCAUGUCUCCUGGAAGAUUCUUUGGAGAGAUCAGCACAAUUUUCAGUUGCCCAAGAACAGCAUCAAUUAGGGCGCAGACAAACGCAGACGUGUUUGUGUUGAAGAAAAAAGAUUUGGACGUUGUGUUGAGUUAUUAUCCACAAAUCAAAAAACAGAUCAUCGAAACAGCAGAAGAACGCCAAAACAUGGUGAAGCAACGUGCGCUGGCUGCACAGGCCAAGAAAAAAGAAGAAGAAGAUCGAAAAAAAGAGGAAAGUGAGAAUCAAGAAAACAACGCUGCUUCAGGAUCUGAUUUAACUGAAGAUAUUGAGCAAAUCGAUGUUGAAUCCGCACCUACUCUACUUCAAAGAUGUGUUGAGCUGCUUCGAACAAAGAAGAAACAAAUAAGAGAGAUGAUGAAGUUUGUCAUAGAUACCGACAGCAAGGCACGUCACAUUGCGGAAGUAAACGCUUUCUUAAUAUUCGUGACUUUUCUAACUUCGACUUACAUGGCUACCUUCCAACACCACCCAACGUUCUUAAUUGUGUUUAAUUUAGUUACUGAAGUCUCCUUUUACGUGGAGAUCUUCCUGAAGUUUCAUAUGAGUUUUUACACUCCAACUGGUGAAAAAAUUACUUUGCUCAACGAAAUCACUAAAAACUACCUUCAUGGGCAAUUCCGUUUCGACGCCGUCGCCAACUUUCCGCUUCAAGUGUUUUGUUUCGCCUCUUCAACAAACCGACUCAAGUACUAUUCUUAUUUCAAUCUUCUGCACGUGUUACGAUUCAAGCGACUCCGAGACUGGUUUGAAGAUUACUUAAAGAAACUCAACAUCAACGUGUUGCUGAUUCGUAUGGUUGAAAAUUUGGUGCAAAUCUUUGUUUCGCUUCAAACAUUGGCUUGUGUGUGGUAUGGUAUUGCAUGUCCAGGCGCUGUGUGCAGUAAAGAUUCCUGGGUGGGAGAUAGAGAAAACACAGAAAAGUACACUUAUAUUGACAACUAUGUUGAAUGUUUGUACUGGGCGUUGGCUACGAUGACGUCAACCGGUUAUGGUGAUAUCCAUGCGACAAACAACAUUGAAAAAGUGGUUGCAGCUGUUACCAUGGUGACUGGUAAGCUGGUAUUCGGUUUUGUAUUGGGAAGUGUUGCGUCCACCAUGGCCAAUGCGGAAGCGUUGCGUGUGAAAUUUGAAGAACGCUUUGCGGCUGUGCAGCAUCACAUGAAAGAACAGAAAAUGCCCUUAAACCUUCAAGCUCGAGUAGUUAACUUCUUUGAAUACAUCUGGAGGCGAAACCACGGCUCAAGUAACGAGGCUUUGUUCAACAAUUUGCCGCCCUGUUUACACGCUGAGUUAUGUUUGGAACUGACUGGUGACGUCAUGAAAAAUGUACCGCUGUUUCAAGGCUGCGAGCUGCCAUUUAUACGUCAGUUGUGUACCAAGGCUGAGCUUAUACAGUUCCAUAAGGGAGAGUUGAUCACGUGUAAAGGCGAUAUAGGUCAUGAAAUGUAUUUUGUAAAACGUGGAAAGGUGGAAGUUGUUCAAGAACACAGCUCACAAAUAUUAAUAGAAGGUGGACAUUUCGGUGACGAUUCUCUUGUUAUCAACGUCCCUCGGAAGAACGAUAUACGUGCUGUUACACAUGUUGAUAUGUUUUGUUUGCGAACUGUUGAUUUGGAGUCGACUUUUUCUUCAUACCCUGCAGAAGAAGAAAGAGUUAGGCGCAAUGCUUAUGAAAUGUAUUGAGUCGUAUCAAUGCUUGAUUUUUAGUGUAUUUUAGUUAUAAUAUAUAUAGUUAAAUU